GCCUGGGCCGCACACCGCCAGUAGUGCUUAGUUGGCCUAGUGAAAUAUGUGAACACGUGCUCGCGUCGUCCCGUUCCGAUCUAGUAGUGAUUGUGACGAGCGCUUUUGUUAUUGUGAGUGACAGUACUCCGACGACAAUAAUGACGACGGGCGAAUGCAGAUAGUGGUGCUAUGUAGUGUGGCUGUGAUAUGCCGCUAUCCCGUGAGUUCAAGUGAACCAUGCCACACGUCUCGUCCAGUGGCGGCGAUGAUCUCGGCAGCACCGAUGAGGUUAAGGUGUUCAAGGACGAGGGCGACGGGGAGGACGAAAAGAGGUCCUCUGAGAACCUCACCGAGGAGAAGAGUAGCCUCAUCGACCUCACCGAGUCGGAGGAAAAGUCUGGAAAUGGAAGUUACCAUACUUCCAUCAAAAAUGUGCAGCAGCGAUCUGACCACAGCCCCGUCUUCGGCAAAGUGGAACCUGUACCCCAUACAUCUUCGUUUAACAUGGGAUACCUCGUCUCACCAUACAGCUACGCUAAUGGAGCAGGUGGACCCAUCCCCGUGUCAAUG